AAACUUCACAUUGGUGUUUAGUGUUGUGUGGGCUGUUUUGUGGUUGGAAGACGACACAAGUGUUAGAAAUUUUUUUCAAGAAAAAAGUGUACAGAACCCCAUCAGGCAGCAAUUGUGGCACGUGCAGAAUCAUCUCCAUGGAUCAUAUAAGAGAUUAAAACACCUACCCCCUCCCCCUCUUCCCCCUUUCUGCGUGGUAUCUUGCGAAAUGUUUGUGGAAUAUCACCAACAAACAACAGUGACUAAAUGGACUAGUACUAUCACCAGAAAUCUGAUAAAAUUGUGCGCAAAAUGGAAAUUAGACGACACAGGGGUGUUAUCCUGAUAUUGGCAAUAUUACUAUUUUGUCUUUUAAUGGUUAAAUGUGUCCAUUGUGGAUUUUUGGAGGAGCACUGUAGUGUGACUGAAGAGAAGAUUCUUCAGUGCUCCAAUGCUUCACUUAGUGAUGUAUCUGGGAGAUUUUUUGCCCAGGAUCAAUCCUAUACGGAGAUUAUAUUGAGGCAUAUUGAGAAUGGGGAUAAGAGGGUACAGUUGGAGCUGAAGGGUGAGAAUGCAACGGAAGUAUUGGUUUGGACUGACAGUGGAAUGAGUGAUGGGCAAUUUAGGGGAUUGAUGGGUGAAAGGAGGAGGUUCACGAGGCUGAGAAAGCUCGAUGUUAGCGGAAAUGACAUUUCACAGUUGCCAGAGAGAUCUUUUGCCAAAUUGAUUCACCUGAAAAUUCUCAAUUUAUCCGGGAAUCGUAUUGGUAAUGUUUCUGGGAAUAUUUUUAUGGAUUUACAAUCAUUGCUUGAGCUAAAUUUGUCUGGGAAUCAACUUGAGAGAAUAUCAACGGUUACAUGGAGUCCCUUUGGGUAUCUCAAGCAAUUGUUAGUGUUGAAUUUGGCUGAUAAUAUGAUAAAAGAUCUUCCAAGACAUACCUUUCGUGGCCUGGAGACACUGAAAAAGCUCCAUUUGCAGAGGAAUCAACUGAGUAUUGUGCCAUUUCAGCUAUUUGCUGACAUUGGGAUGAUUGAGAUGCUAGAUCUUGCCCAUAAUGGCAUUAUGUCCAUUCAUGAUAAUCAUUUUAUUGAGAAUGGACGUCUUCAGGUGCUGAAUAUGCAUCACAAUCAUUUGGUUUCAAUCUUCAAAAAUACAUUCAAUGGACUGAAUCAACUUGAGUAUCUCAAUAUUGCUGAGAAUCGUAUUAAUUUUAUUGACCGAAAUGCCUUUAGUAGUUUGGACCGGUUGAAGUAUCUCAAUGUCAGUGGGAAUUAUCUGUUGAUUUUGUCAUCAAGUAUCUUUAGUUCACUCAAUGGACUGUUGCAGUUGGAUUUGAGUGGAAAUCCCUUUGAGAGUCUCCCAAAUGGCAUUCUUAUGCAUCAGUAUGCUCUGCAAGAAUUCUAUCUAAGUCGUACGGGUCUUAGGAGGCUGGGAAAUCUCGUUGCUAGGCAAAAUGCCACGGUAAAUCGAGAUGUACUGAGGCAUAUGAAAAAAUUCCAUCUGCAAGAUAAUGGCAAUUUAACGUGCGUAGAUGGAAGUGUACUGACCAAUGCACCAGCAAUUGAGAUUCUAAGGAUCACAGGAAGUUCCCUGUUGACCAUGGUGCCCAAAGAAAUUGGGGAUUUACCAAGUCUCAAGGUACUGGAUUUGCACGGUAAUGCCCUGACAUUUCUCCCGGAAAAUCUGGGUAAAUUGCCACAGUUGCGCUAUGUCAAUUUCAUUGCCAAUGACUUUGCCUGUGACUGUCGGAUGCACUGGAUGGUAUCGUGGAUCCGACAACUACUCCUGCUGCAGGAAAAUACCACCAAUAUGGACUUCCUCUUGGACACUCCAAUUGAUGGUCCAGUAAUUAAUAUACACGAUCUCAAGUGUCGCAAUGGCUAUCCGGGAGAUAUGCUGAGAGUCCUUCAGCAACUCCAUUGCUUCCAGCCAAGUCUCAUUCAUGUUUCCCCAGCUACAAUGCAUCUCCUUCAGUCUGACGUAACCCUCGAGUGCUCCUUCACGGGCAAUCCAACGCCCAAUAUCAUCUGGGUAACACCACACAAUCAAAUUCUCCGUCAUGUCCCAGAUCCCGACAUGAAAAUCAUCAAUCCGGAUCAGCAUCAGGAAAAGUAUCAACAACACAUUGAACUACAAUUCCUAAAUACCACCAUGGAACGGAGAAAUCACACCAGACGCAGAGAAAAUUCAACCCAAAGGAACUCAAGUGUUGAUCUCCUGGAAAAUGGAUAUCUCCGUGUUCACAAUAUCAGUCGCAGUGAUAGUGGAAUUUACACAUGCUACGCAUGGAAUAUAAUGGGCAAUACCAGUUCAGAUGUAAGACUCUACAUUGAUCCCAUUAUAUUCUAUCGUGUGAAAAUUGGCAGUAUUGUGUGUGGAAUAAUCACAGCUGCUCUCUUCCUCGCCCUCACGCUCAUUGUCCAACUGAUUCGACGUAUCAAUCAGCGUUUCGGGUUGACGGACAAGUGUAUGAAGAAUUGCUGCGAUUGUUGCCUCCGGGAUAAAGCAACUCCGCGUGCUAGGCAGAUUUAUGCCAUGUUGGAUAGUAUUGAGCACUAUAAGAGUAUGCAGUUGGAGAAGUUGAGGGAGAACUAUGCGCAGCAGGUGCAUAGAAUUAAGGAUAAUUGUACGCAACAAGUUGAAUGGAUACAGAAUUCGUACAAUAGUCAAGCGAAGCAUUUGAAGGAUAUUCGGGAUAUAGGUACGCAUCAUUUGACAUCAUUGAGGGAUCAGUACUAUGAUCAGGUGAAGAGGGUGAGGGAUUAUUCGACAGGGCAGUUGAAUUGGGUGAGGGAGAAUUAUGUGUUUCAGCGGAAUAAGAUCAGGAAGUUUAGUGCUCAUCAGGUUUUGAGGAUUAGGGAAGGGUACAAGUAUCAGCAGCAGACACUCAAUAAAGUCCUGGAGAAUCUGCCGAGUUUCUAUUUUGAAAAUUGCCGAGGCAGAAGUGAUGAUGAUGAUGAAUUUGAUGAGAAUUUUGAGGUUUAUUUGAAGACAAAAAUGGAUAAAUUUUCAUCACAAUUUGACCAGAGGAAUCAUCAUGUGCUGCAUCAAAGGCAUUUGGAUAAAAUGCUAGAGAAUUAUUCGGUGAGGAGUGUUGAUGAGAGUAAGGCAUCGGUGUACUAUACGCCAACGGGAGAGGAUAAUUUGAACUCGCCCAUGCUCCAUACUUCGCCCAUUCACAUUAAUUACAUUAACAAUGAAGUUAGCCUCGAUUUGCCGGAUAUUCCGGCUCAUCUGGCAUCCUUUAUCUGUCCCGAUGAGAGGCUGAAGUUGUACCAAAGCAAAGUGGACGAGAGGCAUCAUUCAAGAGCUACUAAAUCUGACUAUAAAUGGGUUGAUCCACUGACAAUUAAUCAAUUUAUUCGAUGUCAUCCGGAUGAUGAUGACAAUGACGAACAGAAGACUAAGAAGAAAAAGAGACGCAGGAAGAGUCACAAUGAUCUCUCCUCCUACUCCCUCCAAAACUUCUCCACGAUACUUAAAGAAGACACCAGCCAAGAGACAACAUCCUCCAGCAAUCCGUCAACGGAGGAGGAUGAUACUAAGAAAACGACUCCAAGUACAGCAGACAGUGGGAAUUGUCUCCUGGCCAGUAGCUCGAGUAUGCCGGUGAUUGUCUCACCAUGACCUGUGGCAAUCGCAAAUCUAGUGAUUAUUCUCUUAAAAUUAGGUAGAGUGUUCAAUUAGGAAUCAUUUACACACGGCUCUUCGUUAUCCGGGUGACAGCUGUCAAACGCUAUGGCGGUUUAUGUAUUCAAAACUAUUGUUUACGAAGCAUGAAGUUAUUCCAGAGUGAAUUAAUGUGUUAUGCCCAGCGCACAAUAACUUUUGUUUAGUAAACAUGUUUUUGGCAUUUCAAUGAGAGUGAGUGAGAUCUAGAUCUAGUCAUCUCGUUCACUCUCACAGGAAAUUUUGAAAAUAUAUUUACAAGCAAGAUUUAUUGUGCGUUGAUCAUUAUUUUCAUUUUAUCAAAGUUUUUGACACACAAUCGUGCUACAAAAUGAAACAUAAACACACCACAAAGAAAAUUCUGUUGUUUUUUCGACAGAAAACAAAUUUCCACAGCAGAAAAUGUAAAAAAAAAACGUUGACCAGAUUCAAAAAACCAAAAUGUCAUUUUGUCCCCACGUCAGCCGGAUAACGAAGAGUCGAGUGUAUCUCCUUUAUUAUUAUUAUUUUUUUUAUUUAGGAAACUAUUUAUAUGCAAUUUUUUUUGUUGAGCGCUCGCACUUUCCCUUUCAAGGAAAAACAAAAAAAGUUAAAGUUGUUUUGCCUAUUAAAAUAAAUAUUUAUCAUUGUCCACACUGCAACCAUGGGAAAUUUGCAAUUAAAGUGAAAGGAAAAAAAAUAAUGUCUUCCUAAAAAAAUUCAAUGCAGAAGUCCUGUCGAAAAUAGGCUUAAGAGUAAUAAUUCUAAAGAAAAAAAAACUAAUAAUUUCCUAUACUUGUAAGUUCCAAAAAAAAAACAUCUUGGAGGUAUUAAUGAUAAAAAAAUGAUAAAUAAAGUAAUUUUUAAGAGACAGGA